UCUGGGAGAAUAAACAAUUCAGCCUGCACGCCGCUCACCUCUGCUCAGCCCGCUCCCAGUCGCCGCACAAAUCAAACGAGGCAUUUUUUCGGACUAAAACCUUGAUUUUGAAAGCCUGCCUCGCCUUUUCUGCUCCCUGCCGAGAGUGUCAAAGAAGACAGAUGAGAGCGUUUUCAGUGGAUUUGCCUCCUCCUGUCGAAUAAUAACGAUGCGCCUCUCCGGCUGACUGUGGGGUGGACAACGCAGGCUCCUCAAGGGCCCCUCCCUGCUGUGGGCCCAGGUUAGCAGUACCCUUUUACCCCCCUGUGCUACACCCCUGCCUGAAUGCAGCCAUGCCAGAGGACAAGGUACUCACCAGCAGACUCCUGAACUCUUCCUGUGCCUUCAAAUGGGGUCGUGUUUAUCAUGUUGAGGAGAAGAGACCAGACCUACGCCAUCCUCUGAUGAUAUCCAUGACAUGUCCCCCAUGUGAGAUCUGGAGAGCUAAAAGGCGCCACUGACAGAAGCACUGCCAAGCCUUAGGACAGACAUCCCAAACAUCCACAGCCACGGAAUGUGUCAACAUCUUUGUGGUGAAAUCCUGCUGACUCCUCGCUUGCUACUCACAUAAGCCUGGAUCUGGGCCUUCUGGGAUCCUACGGUCUUUAAAGGCAUACAACAAUGCCUGGGAGGCCCACCUGCCCCAGUCUGCCUCCAACCAUGGUUGCUGUUUCGCCACAGCGCUGACUUUCCCGCUGUAGAAGGAUCACAUCCGACCAGUGCAUCCGUCAUUCCCUCGCAGGCUAACUCUGUGAAAUUGCCUGCCCUCUUUUUGGUAUUUAGGAAGUACAUGCCACUGUCAAACAGAUGACCUAGUGGACAUUUGUUUACCAGUAACAGUGCUGAACCAUACGAGGGGAUCCUAGUAUUGAACAUGACUCAUGGGGAGGAGCCUGGCCCUGAGACACACAAGGAUUCAGCUGUUCUAACUUAUCUGGAAGGUUUACUGAUGCAUCCAGUGGUAGCCGGGCCUGGGGCCACGGCAAGCGGGAGGUCUGAGGCUGCCCACAGCAACCAAGAUCAGGGUGACAAGGUCGGAGGGCCCUUCCAGUUGCCCAGCCAUGGCCCGACAGCUCCCAAGGCUGGAACAAAUGGACCAACUCUAGGUUCUUCACAGCACCUGAAGAAGGCCCGCCUACUACGCUCCGAAGGGUGGAAUGAUCCAGGGAACCAGCCAAAGAGUUCACCCUCCAUAGAGCUGAAUGGCCAAGGGGGUGGCCUACAAAAUGGAGCUCUGGAGGGAAACCCUCAUGCUGGGGAGAGCACCCUUUUGGCCUCCUUGCUGCAGUCAUUCAGCUCGAGGCUUCAGAGUGUGGCAAUGUCUCAGCACUCCACUAAACCCCCCAGCGAGUGUUCUUCGCCCUCCAAGGCACCACCUGCAGAAAAAGAGCCACUUCCUGUGUAUGAGACGGCCUCAAGCCGCCUGAAGGGUCUAAUGAGGAAGAGUAAACUUCAAAAUCACAGCAACACACCUUACAGUCGCAGGGGCCACAGUCAGGACAGACCCCCAGAAUCGCCUCGGUCAGCACACAGCGCCACCCCUCCCUCUGCUCCAGCUUCUGCUGAAUCGGUGUCCUGCGCAGAGCGUCUGAAGGCAGUGGCAAACAUGGUUAAAAUCCGGUCUAGCCCAGCACCUUCACCCAAGCCCAGCGUUGCCUGCAGUCAACUGGCUCUGCUGCUGUCCAGUGAAGCCCAUCUCCAGCAGUACUCUCGAGAGCAUGCACUCAAAGCCCAGCUCUCUGGAAGAUCUGCCAGUGAAAGACUAGCUGCCAUGGCGAACCAGCAGUAUGGCCCAGACACAAGGCCGCCUAGUGUUGGGACUCCACCGAGAGCCCCAGACACACUAAGCUCCUUAAAAACCCCCAAUGGAAUGACAACAACGUCAACAACAACAACCACACUCCCUCGAACAACCCUUUCCAGUCCACAGAGCCCCUCUUUGCUGCGUGGCCACAGCCAAAGCUCCCCACCCACACCUCCACAUGCUCCAAACCACACUCACAGCCAACCACUUAGGGAGAAACGAGGCUUUGACUCACGCCCAACCCGUCCCCCACAGACAUGCAGCAGCUUGUUGCUUCUGCUGCUCAAUAACCACAAUAACCAGAAGCAGCUGACCAAGAAUGGGCAUCUGGAGGACAGCUGUGGGAUUCUGCCACCAAGCGGGUCCUCUUCAGUCACAUCUGACAGUGAAUGCUCAACCCAGGAGAGGAGCCUGACCAAGGACAGCAGCGAUGCAGAGAGCUCCUACUCAAGUUGCUCACCCAUUGACCUCUCCAUUAGAAGCAGGGCCAGUAUACAAGAGCCAGGGCCCAAAACAUCCUUUUCUUCCUCCUCUGCCUCUUCAACUUCGACCCUCUCUUCUUCAACCCCAGUGUACUCCUCCACCCCAGCUACAUUCUCCCCAGCUCAACCCUCAAUCACAACCUUUCCACCAUCCUCUACUGUUGUCUCUGCUGUUUCUACUAGUGCUCCCUCUACAUCAUCCUCCUCUUCUUCUAUCUCCACAUCCUCCCUGGACAAACUAACAGAAUCUCUAAUAAACAAGUGGAAGCCGGAGCCAUCAGGAUCCAAGGUGUCCAAGAGCAAGGAGCCUGAAGUGAGCCCUGAUCCAAAAUCCCACCCAAAGCUCACGCUCAUGCAGCUGCUUCUUGAGCGACGAAAUAAUGAGAUGAGUAAUAAAAGUGCAGCAACCCCUGAUUUACCACUUGAUAUAAGUAUGGCCACCAUGUCUCGAAGCCAACCAAAGGGACUGGCACCCUGGGAGGAGAUUAGGACAAAAAGCCCUCUAGAUAGACCCAUAGCCCCAGCCCAGCCCCUGUUCCAGCAUAGUCGAGACCAUAGUGGUGCACUAUCCCCGUACUCGUACCCCUCCCCACAUGUCCAGUCUAGCCCACUGGAUUUGUGUAAGUCUAAAGCCUUCCCUGCUGAAAAGUCCUCAGAGCCUGCCUUCAGUGCCAGUAAACUGUUACAGAAUCUGGCCCAGUGUGGUACUGCUUCUUCCUCACCGCCCAUCCCCCAAAGUGGGCUUAGUCAGGAACUAGAUGCCAACAGGCCCCUUGCCCUCUUGGAAAGGCUCAAUGCUCCCAUCCACAGGACCACUACAACUCCACUCUCAGAUGGACCCUCAGGCAGUGGCACGCCUUUAAGUCAGAAGGAGGCUUCUCCUCCUUCAUCACAGAUUGAGAACCUUCUAGAGAGGCGCACUGUGUUGCAGCUCCUGCUAGGAACCGGAUCAACUACGCCCACUGUCAGCCGCAAAGAAAGGACCAGUGGUUGUGGCAGAAGGAGUGUGGAAAUGCCUGGGGGGAGCUAUGAAAAGAUCCCUGGUGCAUCCAUUGCCUGCGACAGCUCCAAUGUGCUGCCUUUAGACAUAAAGGUCAAAACAGAAAUCAUGGAGGAGGUUGGACCAUCUUCAGCCAUGUCUGAAGAGUCAAGUGGCAGAAAGAGACCUAGCAGUUAUGGGAAGAGUAGUCCCCUGUCAGAUUCUCAGCAGGACUUUAAAACAGAACCACGGCCUACAGAGGUCAUAGCAAAAUACGGCCUACUCAGCCAGUUGCUUAAACAACAGACUGCUACCUACUAUACCAGUGCUGCUAUGCAGACUGAGUCACAGCCCAGACAGGUUAAAGAGGAACAGAGGGAGUAUCCAAGCCCAAGUCCUAAGAAAAGGCGCCUCUGCCCUGAUCGGACUGAUUCUUUGAACAAUACGAGCUCUACAAGUGCAAUGGACAGUGUUGACACUCGUGGUUUUGCCUCUCCUCCUGUUCAGGAAGAGCCUGAGCAGCAGAGGAGUCCGAAGGAAGAAGUGGCCCCACCCAGGAGCCCUCCAAGUGACGCCCUCACCAGAGAGAGCCGGGGCUUCAAUGUGCUCAAACAGCUGCUUCUCUCUGACAACUGCCUGAAGGAGCUGUCCCAGCAGCCGCGAGGGACGCCCAGUCCUUCUGUCUUGCAAGCCAAUGGCAAGGCCAACGGCAGCAUUCUCAGUCAGCCUUCCCAUAAUCACAGCUUCCUCCACCUUCCCAGCUGGCAUCCCCGUGGCUCCCUCAACUCAGGGCUUCCGAGUAAUCUCAGACCACUGCCCACGCCCCCUCAAGGUGACAGCCCUGUACGCGCCUCCUGGAGCCGCCAGCCUGCUCCGUGGCCAGUGACUCAAAAACGGGACCCCCCUACUCUAGUCAAGCAGGAGCCUGAGAGCCCUGUGAGAUGGAGUAGUCAGGAGAACGAGGAGGACGAAGGUUGUGACUCAAACCUGGACUCUCCACGGCUCUCGCGCUCCAACCCGAUCUUGUAUUACAUGUUGCAGAAGGGCAGCAUUCAGCUGAGGAAGGAGGCGAGGGAUCAGGCGGAGGGAACCCAGUCUGUGGUCAGAGUUAAAGAAGAGCCAAUCAGUGACAUGCAUGCUUAUGAACACAGUCUGAGCUCAACCCCACAAUCACCAACCCACAAUGACAAGCACAGCCAUGAGAGCCAGGGGCUGAGCCAGUCGUCUGAAUAGAAGUUGUAUCAACUGCAGGAAAAGGAAUCCAAAAUCAUUGACUCUUUUUUUCCUUUUUUUAAUGACUUGCCAAACUGGUUUGAUGAUACAAAAAAUAAACUUAAAGAAAAUGUUUUAUAAGUGGAAUAGAACGAAUACAAAUUCAAAUGCAUUCAUAUGUGCAUCAGUUUUAAAAAGUGAGGUCAUGAAAUUAAAAAAAGGUCUGUCUUUACAAAAGGAAAUGAAACAACUGAGAAAAUUACACCCUUCCUUAUUAAUACCUUGCACAAUUCACUUCAUUUUGCCAUUACUGAAGCCCCUCUUUACAAUCUGGUCUUGUUUUACACUUAUUAUUUAUAUCUGAAUUGCACACAUAUCACUAUUCCAUGUCUCCUUUUUGUUGCCCACCAUAAAACAUUUAGAAACAACAUUUCCGGCAACAUUUAUUAUUGAUGACUCCAAAAAUGUUAGCGUUCAGAGGACAUUUAUUUAUUUUCUCCGUCAGAACAUUUGCAGAUCGACAACUUCCCAUCAAUUUUAGAUCAGAUUCCAAAUAAAAUGAUUCUAGGGCAGACACAGCAGUCUAUUACAACAACAUACAUGAUUAAUUUAUUCAAAGGAGGACCUUGAAAACAAUGUUCACACUGCAGUAGCUUCAGUGAGGAUCCAACAUGCUUGCUUUUCCUUAUGUUGUGGUAUGAUAACCAGACGAGUAUGAAUAUAUCAGUGGAGAUUUGAAUGGUCACACUUCAUUGGGUUAUGCUUUUAUUUGAAUUGAACUUUCGAGGGCAAUAUUCGCUAGUGCAAAUUCAGGUGCUCUGCAGACGCUGCAGUUUUGAGCAGAUGGGUCAACUCUGCAUGUGUGGUUCUUACAGUUGAGCAACUGUACGUAAACAGGUUUCUAGAGCAACAGUUAGUAGGCCGCAGUGCCUGAGCGACUUAUCUCACCAUCCUGGGUAAACUGACACAACUUUGCUUCAUGCACACAUAAAACUCAGUGGCUUUUUAUUUGCAUUUCAUAUAAAGGAGCGCCCAGAGUUUGCAUUAUCGAAGCUGAGCCCUCUGUGUCCUUUUUCAGAAUAAUUUAACGGCAUGUUUUAAUCCGUCAGUAUUGUUAUCUGUUGAGAAUUUGACAGUUUGUGAUUACUUUUUCAUAAUUUCUUGUGGUUUUUGGGACAUCUUUUAUUUUUGUGGCGGUCUCUAAACCCAUAAAAUGUCAAAAGAAUUGCAUGAUAAUAAGAGAAGACCACAGGUACGUCUUUGUUUUCAAAGCAGCUGGAUAUAUGUACCUGCCCCCAAAAAAUCACCAAGGCAUUUUGGUGUCUCGAGGGAUAUCUGCUAUCUAGCUCCUUGUUUUGAUUGUACUGUUAAUUUCACACAUUGCUUUCUCCAUUUAGUCUUGUGAUCUUUUUAAUACAUAUACCCAUGGAGUACGUCUCUGCGAUUAUUAAUACAUUUUCACAAUGGUUAAAUAUAUUUGUGUAAAUAGUACUUUCAGUAUGAAAGAUGACUAUUUUGUAAUGUUUAAGAAAAGAUAUUACCCUAGUUUUUAAUGCCCUGAAAUGUAAAUAUGAAUUAUAUGCGUACAAGUGUACAUACAAAGGCAGAGGAUGCUAUGCCCAUCUUUUUUGGUUGGUUUGUUCUUUGCAUGUCUCUAUGUGGUAAAUGAUAAUCUAUCCUGCGCUGUGUUGUGUAAUAAUGUCUGACUCUCCUCACUGCUGCCUGUUGCAUGCAGACGCAUGGGAACUACCUGUGUAUCCCUACUGGUGAUGGGGGAAAAUGUCAAGUCUUAAAAUAGGUCUUUUUUAUCACAGAGAGAGGUUCGUUUAGAAUAUGAACAGUCCCUAAAUAACCACAGACUGUUGAGCAAGUUGAUUAAAAUGUGUGAAAAAUAAACGUGCAUUGAAUAUUUUUGUGAUUUUCUUUUCUGUUACUGGUUAACAAAGCUCUGUGAAGAAGAGCGUUCGGGGCUAUAGUGGGGGAUUGACGUACAAUCAUAGAUCUGCAUUGUGCAUCUAAGAAAAACAUUUGUAGCAGCAAAUAUAAAAAAAAGGUGUUUCAUUUUUUUCAUGUGAAGACCUGAAACAUUAUUUCAUUUUUUUAUGUUUUCAUUUUUGGUGUUCAUUUGCACUGAUAUCUCAGAAAUA